GCUACGUGUAAGGUAACAAUACUGUGCAAGUAUGUAUUGUCUUGUUGCGUAUUAUACAGAUUUUCACUGUAAAUCAAAUAAUUGGGUCAUUCAUACGUUUUACUCGGAAAACACAUUCUACAAUUAAGCAGGCUAAUUUAAAAUAUUGUGCGUUAAAUUGUCUCGUCUAAUAUAGGAGGCCUAGAGUAAAGUUAGGCUACUUAAGUCCUUUUUUUAUUCCCGUAAGAAGCAUGAAUAUAUUGAGCAUAGAUGUAGUAAGCUAUGUAUAGAAAUAUCUAUGAUCUCCUCGAGUCCCCUUUCUUUCUCAUGUGAUUCUUUACUUCCGUUUACUAGGGAGCGUUUGGUCACCUUGGCAACCGUAACACAUCCACACAUGACUGGUUACCUAUUGCUAGAACAGCAAGCUUGUUAACUAUUAUGACAGAAGAACUACACGAAGAGGUUUUAGACAGUCUUGCAGAACUCGACAAACUUUGUACAGUAUUUGAUGGAGCGUCGCAAGAAGAUGUGGCAUAUGCAAAGGUUUUCUGGAGCUCUCUUUCCCUUCAGCCACCAAUAGAGUCUCGACUCGUUUCUGCUGACAUCAGGCAGCGGCUGAGAGCUGCGAAGACACCGCACUCCACAAAUGCUAGCGCAAAACAAGCGUCUUGGUCAAAGAGGGAUGAUGAAAUCCAGCAGGAUGUUUACUUGAAGCAAAAGCAAGAGGAGAGACAGAAAUACAUGGAGAUGGCCAAGAAACGAGAGCAGAUUAUUGCGCUUCUGAAAAAGCAGAGGGAUGAGCGAAUUAAGAAGGAGAUGAUUUCCUACCAAAACAAAACAAGAAAAUGCAACCAAGUGGAUAAAAGAUUGGCUCCAUCAUCUGUGGAUGAGGACCAGAAAGAAGUUCAGAAGCUCCAGUAAACAUAUUGAUGAUAUUAAAGAACGUAAUGUGUAAUUUUAGCAUAGUAAACAGAGCAAUGUAUAAUAUGUUUACUUAUAAUG